UAAGGUUUUAACUUUCUUUCGUCAUAUACUCCCCCAAAUUAACUGUUCAUCAUUCCGCCGUCAUCGAUAAUCAUUUCCAAGCCCCUCAAUAAUCUGCAAUCUUUAAAUCAAGUUUUGAAAAUGUCUGAAAAGAAAAAAAGAGGAGUUUCCAAAUGCAAGAAAAAGCUUUUGCAUCCCGAAGAAUGCACUGUUGAUUUUGACAAGACGGGUAGAGCGAUAGGUAAGAAUGCUGGAAGGUUUAUGUCCUUUAUUGGUGUGGAAGUUAAGAAAACGGUUCCGUACAAUAAAUUCGUCAAACAUGUAAACCCUAAACUAUAUGAAGAUCUUUGGGAAUAUGCGAAGGCAACAUGGAAGAUUACUGAUGACCUUGGAAAAACAGUUACAUUAUCAAAGGCGAAGAGCAUAAUGAGGAAGUUUCGUUACAAACUUAGAAAAAAAUUACGUUUAUAAAGAUGAAUCUCCCGAUAAAGAUAAAGACAAAACCCCUGAAAAUGAUACAAGUAAUGAUCCCUUUGAAAAGUACGAUUACCUAGACUCGGAACUUUGGGGUUCUUUUGUUGCUAUUGUUGAUUGUGAAGAAUGGAAGGUAACAUGUGCAUUUAUUAUUAA